CCGGAUCUUGGUCAACGGGGUGCAGAUAACUGUGGUCUUGAGCCUAUUUAAGCAACAUUUUUUCAUUGUUUUAAAAACCCUAAUUUAUUGCUUAUUUUAAUAGCCAGCCUGGUUGCUGUAGCCACAGAGGAAUUUUCAAGGACAAGAACCAGUGCUGGUAAAACUGGGUCUCGUGUGGUUUUCCAUACCGGCUCUCGGCAAGGAUUUUCAAGAAAGGAAUACCAUCUCCAAAUCAUGAUGUGCCAAUAAGCUCCAGUUAGCUGCGGCCUUUUCCCCAGGCGGUAGUCCUGCAAUCUGAAUCCAGGAGAUGCAGCUCUGAAUCCAAUAUUUCAGAAGAAUGAAGAUGAAGCAGACCCAGGAGGAACUGUCUGUUGAAGAACCCCCCCCCCCCCCCACCAAGCUGCCCACCAGAGGCCAAGCUGUACUUGGUGUUUGCCAACAUGCUGUAAUUUCCAGCCUGGUUGCUGUAGCCACAGAGGAAUUUUCAAGGACAAGAACCAGUGCUGGUAAAACUGUGGUCUCGUGUGGUUUUCCAUACCGGCUCUCGGCAAGGAUUUUCAAGAAAGGAAUACCAUCUCCAAAUCCAUGGUUCGCGGGUGUAUCGCAAGUCGGUAUCAACAGAUGGAGGUUCUUACUACAGUGUCUUGAAGAUCUUGACUCCAGCUUACGCAAGUUAAAUUCGCGUCUUUAUGUGGUGCGUGGCCAGCCGGCUGAUGUGUUUCCAAAGCUCUUCAAGGAAUGGGGAAUCACAGUUUUGUCGUUUGAAGAGGAUCCAGAACCUUUUGGUCGGAGUCGGGAUGCUGCAAUUACGGCCCUUGCACAAGAUGUAGGGGUCAAGGUCAUAGCUAAAAUAUCCCACACCUUGUACGACCUUCAGAAAAUUAUCCAGGAGAACAAUGGAAUGCCUCCGCUCACAUUCAAACGUUUCCAGACAGUUCUGUCUCGUAUGAACCCGCCUCCAAAACCAGAAGACCAGAUCACCCUGGAAACCAUUGGUCAGUGCCAGACCCCUCUGGGCCUGGACCACGAUGACAAAUAUGGAGUGCCUUCUCUUGAAGAGCUGGGGUUUGACACAACCGGUUUCAUCAUCAAGGUGUUUCGGGGUGGAGAAUCGGAGGCUUUACAGAGGCUGCAUCGGCACCUGGAGAGAAAGGCGUGGGUGGCCAGCUUUGAGAAGCCCAAGAUGACUGCCCAGUCCCUGUUUCCGAGCCAAACAACAUUAAGCCCAUACCUGCGGUUUGGCUGUAUAUCUCCCAGACUUUUCUACUGGAAACUACAUGAACUAUACAGAAAGAUAAAGAAGCAGAGUGACCCGCCCCUUUCCCUUCAUGGCCAGCUGUUGUGGCGGGAGUUUUUCUACACUGCAGCCACAAACAACCCAAACUUUGACAAGAUGGAAGGAAAUGCCAUGUGUGUACAGGUGCCCUGGGAUAAAAACCCAGAGGCUCUUGCUAAAUGGGCAGAGGGUAAGACCGGUUUCCCGUGGAUUGAUGCAAUAAUGGUGCAGUUGCGAGAGGUUGGCUGGAUCCACCAUCUUGCCCGUUACGCCAUCGCCUGCUUUCUCACCCGUGGUGACCUCUGGAUCUCCUGGGAGGAGGGAUUUAAGGUGUUUGAUGAGUUAUUGCUUGACGCCGACUGGUCGGUGAAUGCUGGCAUGUGGCUUUGGCUCUCGUGCAGCUCUUUCUUCCAGCAGUUCCUCAACUGCUACUGUCCUGUCGGCUUUGGCAAACAGGCAGACCCAACUGGGGACUUUAUCAGGCAUUACUUGCCAAUACUGAAGGGCUACCCACCUCAGUACAUCUAUGAGCCCUGGAAUGCGCCUGAGAGCGUGCAGGUGGCUGCCAAAUGCAUCGUGGGCAAGGACUACCCGGUGCCCAUGGUGAACCACGCUGACUCCAGCAAGCUGUGCAUGGAUCGCAUGAAGCAGGUCUACCAGAUGCUGCUCAAGAGGAGAGCUAAAGUACAACUACCAAAGCAGAUUGUGUACAACUCAGACCAGGAUAUAUCAGAGGAUAAGCCCACAAAAGGGAACCACCCGUCCAAGGCUAACAUCAUUCCAAAUGUGGAAAAUGUGUUACUGGGCCACAGAUCUCACAGCUCCGGGAGUGAGAGGAGUGAGAGUGAUGGACAGAUCUCAGUUAAAGCAUAGUGCAGCAAACGAUGGGAAUAUGUUUUGGUUACAAAAUACUAAAACUCCCUAUUGGGUGAUACACAGUGUGCACUAGUAUUGGUUUUAUAUGUUGUUUGGUAAAUAAAAGGGGUGGGGGGAAUGAAUAGCUGCAAAUGAUACUUAAUUAUAACUCACUUUUGCUGAGAAGAAUCUGCCAAAAUUUACUGUGUAUAGGACGCUAGCAUAGAUAGGACGUAGACAAAAAAAUACUUGCAACAGCUGGUACAUUGCACGUAAAUGUUCUCAACAUGUCAACACCUUCAGCUAAGUAUGACAAUCAUGUGAUAUAAUGCAACAAACAACACUGCCAUGGCAACAGUUUGUACUUUUGGAAUGUUUCUAUAGUAAGGCAGUGGCAGUUGUUCACACCUUCACACAUUGACACUGCACAAUGAGGCCACUAUUAUUUUAAAACAGAAUCUUACUAUGUAAAAUAAACUUUUGUUCUGUUUGUAAAAUCUAUCGUACAAUAUAGAAACUUAAAAAAAAAAAUAAACUCAGUUUAUUUAUACUCAUUUUAUGUAUUUUGUUUGAUGCUUAUUGUUCUCCAUUGUCCACUACCGAUAAUUAAAUUCCAUCAGUCAAUGUGAGUUAUGUCCCUUUGAAGUAAAAAUGUAAACAAACACCAAACUUUUCUUCCUUUUAUUUUUCUAUUUAAGCAAGCAUUUUUUAAAAUUGAAAUCCGGGGCAAAAAAGUGAGUACUAUACACAGUGUAAUUCAGUAAUCUUUUUUACGUAAACCUAUAAUAGUGAAUUUUCAAGUUCAUGUACCAAAACCUAAGAGCAAAAUCAGCUCAUUGUUUAAAAUAAAUGUGACACAAUAUUGCUGCUAAUCAAAUCAUUUGAAAUCCUACUGAAAGCAUGUUACAUACAAACAGUUCUUCACAUUGUGUUAAAAACUUCAAUUUAAGAGUGUUGUAAACCACUGGCUCAUUGCAUCAUGAAAAACAUAUGGUAUAGUCAAGUCACAAAUUAUAUCCCCAACUCACAAAAUGAAGUUAGGGCUAUAUAGGAAGCAUGCACUUGGUCACGUCUGUCCAUCUGUAGGUCCGUCUGUCCAUCUGUAGGUCCGUCAUACCCAUCCGAUCCACAUCUUUCUCAUUCAUGUUCAGAUUUUAAGAUUAUUUGGUGGCAGUAACCACAAUAACAUGAAGAUAUGUCGCACACUAGACCCGUGUCCCAACCUUCAAGGUUGAGGUCACAGCAAUUUUCUGAAUUUAGUAUAUGUAUGAUGGUCCAUCCCAUUUUUGUUUGGUCAAUAUCUUGCUCAUUCAUGGUCAGAUUUUAGAAAUGAUUUGGCAGAAGUGACCACCAUAGCAUGAGGAUGUGUUUCACACAAGUCCUGUCUCCCUACCUUCUGGUCAAGGUCACAGCAACCUUUUGAACUAUGUAUGUUUCGCUAUAUUAGCCUUACUGAUGAUAGGUUGUGUCCGCUCCAUAAUUAUCUUUGUCAUACUAGAUUAUAUUUUAACAUUGGGUCAUGUUGUGUUUUUACAAUCGGGGUUGUCAAUAUUUAAUAACAGACUUACUUUCAACUUCCAGAAGCAGAUGCACAUUUUUAUGACCUGAUUAGCGACUAACAGAAGUGACACAUGUGUCCCAUAUAAUGAUUUAUGGCAUGACCUGUGACGUCACACGCCCAUGAUCAAUAAAAUAUUAUUGAUAGUUAAUUUUAAAUUGCAACCUUGUGGAAAUUUUCCUCGAAAUAAACUAGGCAGGAAUGCCUCCAUACCUGCGCAGUAAAUGUUUACACAUCUUUGAUACCUAUGACCUUAAUUUGUGAUUUUUCAAAAUUGUAUUUAAGGAUGUUUAUACUUCAUAAAAAAGUGUUUAUAGCAAAUAAACAAGCAGAAGGUAUGAAAAUAAAUGACCCUACAUAAAGAGUGCGUAAAACUCCAAAUCUAUGAACAUAUCGAUCAUGCGUAAGUAUCCAUAUCUAUGAACCUAUUGAUCAUGCGUAAAUAUCCUUAUCUAUGAACCUAUCGAUCAUGCGUAAAUAUCUAUCCUUAUCUAUGAACCUAUUGAUCAUGCAUAAAUAUCCUUAUCUAUGAACCUAUCGAUCAUGCGUAAAUAUCCUUAUCUAUGAACCUAUCGAUCAUGCGUAAAUAUCUAUCCUUAUCUAUGAACCUAUUGAUCAUGCGUAAAUAUCCUUAUCUAUGAAGCUAUCAAUCAUGAGUAAAUAUCCUUAUCUAUGAACCUAUCGAUCAUGCGUAAGUAUCCAUAUCUAUGAAGCUAUACAUCAUGCGUAAAUAUCCUUAUUUAUGAACCUAUCGAUCAUGCGUAAAUAUCCUUAUCUAUGAAGCUAUCAAUCAUGAGUAAAUAUCUGUACCUAUGAACCUAUCGAUCAUGCGUAAAUAUGCUUAUCUAUGAACCUAUCGAUCAUGAGUAAAUAUCUGAAUCUAUGAAGCUAUCGAUCAUGAGUAGCUAUCGAUCAUGAGUAAAGAUCCUUAUCUAUGGUAAUUAUUUUUCUUUUUAUUGGUUUAUCGGUUAAAAUAAUUGUUGUUUUCUUUAAUUUGUAGAAGUACAUUUUUUAGUCAAUAAUGAAUUUAACAUUCAGACUUUCUAUUGAACUAGACUAUUGUACAGAUUUGUACAGAUCCUAUAUUUUGUUUGGAUGGUUAAUACAUCUUACAGCAACAUGAUUUUAACACAUUUAUACUCUAGGAUAACUAUGCUGUGUAUGUUGGAGGUAGAGUAACAAAAAUAUUUUUGGUAAACCUGAAGUGUCUAGGCUCGUAUUUAUUUUGAAUAGCUGGAAGGCUUUUAAAUAUAAAGAUGUUGAUUCAUAAGACGUCACUGUUUUAUAAGUCAACUUCGCCGUCUUUUUCUCAUGUAAAAAAUUGUCACACUUUCGCUAGGAAGAGAAGUCAAUAGGCCUGGUUCAAUUGAGAUUUCAAAAUUAUUUUAGCCCUGGAAGGAAGAGUUUAUGGAGGACUUUGCAUUUGGGGUGCCUAGGGUAAAUAAAUUGUAAUGAACCCCAUAACAAGUUUUGCCUUUUUUCUUUACUUUAUUGUUCAAAAAGUGCUUUUAAGGCUCUGAAGGGUAGCUUAUAGUAAUCAAACCAUCUAUACAUCCGUCCCCACUGAUCAAUACCUGAAGAACACAUUGGCCCUGAGACCUCAAACUUGGUAGGCAGGUUGUUCAGAACUAGAUGUACCAUAUUGAUUUGAGGUUAGUGGGUCAAAGUUCAAGGUCAUGGUGACCUUGAACUGUAAACAGGUUGGUAAUGACACUUAGAUGAACCCUCUUGAGUUUGAGGUCAGUGGAUUAAAGGUCAAGUUGAGCUGAAAAUCCUUUUCCAACCAAUGCAGAUUGGUCAUGACCAGUAGAUGAACCCUAUUGAUUUUUAGGUCAGUGGGUCAAUAUUGAAUAUAGAAGAACUCUAUUGAUAAUGGUUACUAGGAUUUAAUUUUGUUAAACAUGAUCAAGUCAUUUACCCACAAAAUUCACUUAAAAGUUAUUCAGUGCUUGUUAAUUUGUUUCUUCAUUCCCUUCAACAUUAAGGUUCUUUUUUUCAUACCAUUUAUUCUGUUUUAGGUUUUCAUUAAAAACUUGGUUCUUUGCAAAAAUAUCAUUAUGUGAUAUAUAUUUCCAUGCAUACAUGUUCAAUAUUGCCAAACAAUCGCAUUUAAAAGAAUAACAGACAAGAAUUGGCAUCCACUCAAUCUUGCGGUGACUUAUCAUCUCUGUGUACAUAGUUUGCUCUUUAAAAAUGUCAGAGAUAAAUAUUUUUAAACUCCAUGGCAAGUUCAAGAGGGUUGAAAAAGUGAUCAAUAGUGAUGGCUCUCUGUCCAAAGAGGCCUUUCGGCGACAUUUUUCAUGACAGCUCUUGUUAUAAUAUUGUAAUAUAUGCCUCUGUUGCCAUUUGGAAUUGCAUCAUCAUUGUAGGGUAAACUUCCAUACCAUAAAUCCGAUGUUUGGAUUUUUGUGUUGGAGUAAUCAUUGACUAAAUCUCUAAAGUACAUGGAAAUAUUUUCCGAUUUUAGUAAUUCCCAAAGUUGUCAAGGAACUGUCAUCUUGUUUAUGUUGGAAACUGCAUAGGGUGUCGUAUUUUGCAUUUCCAAAUCCAGCUUUUAUUGUCAUUUGAUUAUUACUUAUCAUGCUCUUUGUUGAAUGCAAAUAUGCAUUUGAUUACAUGCUACAGUUAACUGCCUUGUCAUUGCACUAUUUAUCAAAGUGAAAUAUUGGUGCAUUGUAAAUUGUGCUGUUACUGUUAAUUUCACAGUUGCUUGAAGUUUGUACUGUUUGUUUGAACUUAAGACUUUGGAGAUAUAAAUUGAAAGUUA